GAGCUAGCCAAGACUCUGGAUAUGUGUGUUUUCGCGCACCUUCUUCUGGGCGAUGCGUACCUUCGGGUGGAGCAUCCGGAACUAGCAAUCGAGGUGUAUGAGUCAGUAUUGAGAUGGGAACCAGGCGACCUACGAGUGGUUAGUAAAAUGGGAGAAGCAUUGGUCAUGACGCAUGAAUUCGAGCGGGCGGUACUCUACUACGAGUCGGCACUUCAACGCGACACACUGUUUGGUCACAGUCCGCUCCUGCCUGACCUCACGCUCCUUCUUAUAAGAUUGAAACAACUGGAUAGAGCGGAGGCGUUUCUCAAUGCUGGUUUGGCGAGCACUAAAACCUGUAGUGUUCAGAUCCAUACAGUGGAUACCCUUUUAAGGAUUUACAAGAAGUCACAAGGCAUUGUACAGACGAAUUACACAGGUUCAGACCGUGAGACAUCCACUAAGUCAAAUCCAGAUGGUGAAGAAGAUGAUCUUGUAACAGCCAAUGAUGUCACAAAAUUGACUCGCGGAGGUUCAGGCUCCUCGAGGGAAUUGGAGAAAGCCAUUGCCACCUGUGAGGAAGCCAUACGUGGAGUUGAGACAAUCCACUCACCCAGCAUCACUGACCGUCUAAAACAGGCUGCUUUGCUGUCUCUAUUGGCCCGUUGUCAUUUGGCUAAUCAAGACAGAGCUCACUGUGAACAAAUUUGUUUGAAGUUGGCUGUCUGUCAGGAGGAGCUUCAAGCGGUAAAUGAGGACAUAGCGUUCUUUGAUUUCAACAUACCCGUUGAACUUUUUUUCCCAAUGGUAGCCGACAGAAAUGCAUCGAAGGUGUCGGAGAUGAGCACAUUUCCCUUGAGAAGAUGUUCAGCAACGUUUGAAUUUGUUCCAACAGCUAUCAUAAUGGCUAAUUUGCUGACACACGAGUGUGACUUUGUGGGUGUUUUGCCGCACCUGCUUAAACACUUGAAUGAAGUACCAAAUGACUACCGAGCAAUGGCCCAUCUGAUUAUUACCUACCGUCGCCUUGGUCAGUUGUCAACAGCGGAGGAGUACUUGCACAAAGUUCUGAAGGAGCAAUCCUUUGCCAAGUCUGAUCCUCGAUUUGCCUACGUUCAAGGAUUCUACUAUUGGUUCAGAGGCGACAAUAAUCUUGCAAUUCGCAGUUUCAAUGUGGCUCGUUUGGCUAGAGACUACGAGGUGGAUGCGUUAUGCGCAAUGGUGGAGAUAUGUCUCUCGCCAUCAUUGUAUCGCAUCUUUCCCUCCUCUGCUACUACCACCACCUGUGUGGAUAGUGACGUGCGUUCAGUUAGACCUGCAGCGACUGCAAACACCACAACAGGUGGUGUGGAAGUCGGUGAAGAGACGUCCACCGCUAGGUACAGCGAUGUCAUGGCCGAUGGUCGACCCAGUGGCAAUGCAGAUGCUAAGGAUAUCGAAGCUACGGCCUACGAGACGGCAGCUUUGCUGCUAAUGGAUAUUGUAAAUGGGUUUUACUAUGGACAAAUUGGUGCUCUUGAGAACAGAUUUUGCAUCGUUGCUCGUCAUGGUACUCCUCUGUUCUACGUCUAUGCUGAUGAAACCUCUUCUGCUAAGACCACUUGGCCUACCAAUGCCCAGACAUUCGUCACAGUGGAGACUGAGACAAAAUUGAGGUCGUGUCAAAUGCAAUACCCCAGGAUGCAUCGGUUUCUGUACAAUCUUCAUAUGGCUGUGUCCCGUGAUAGGGUGAAAGUGGAGAAGGCUCUUCAAAACUUUGCUGAGAUGAAUGAAGAGUGCGAGAGCGUUCCAGCCGUGUACGGUGCAGCUGUUUGCUACCUCCUACUGGGUCAAGAUCAGAAGGCAAAAAAUCAACUUAAACGUCUGGCCAAGUACGCAUGGACUCCAGAGGAUGCACCCUUUUUGGAGCGUUCGUGGUUGUUACUUGCAGACAUCUACAUUGGCAUGGAUAAACGUGAUAUGGCGAUGGACAUGCUGAAGCGGUGUAUACAAUACAAUAAGUCAUGUUAUCGAGCCUACGAAUUUAUGGGAUUGAUAGCGGAAAAAAGCAACUCUUAUGAGGAUGCCGCGACGCACUACAACACGGCAUGGGAAAUUCUCAAUAAGCAGGAUCUGGGUGUUGGUUACAAGCUAGCUCUGAGCUACUUGAAGGCCAAGGAUUACUUCCGAACUGUCGAUGUCUGCCAUGAGGUCCUCUGCAUUGCCCCAAAUCAUCCACACAUUCAGAAGAACAUCCUACGGAGGGCUCUUGAUGCAAUGCGCACUUGA